AAGUGAAAACAUUGACGUUGAAAACUUCAAAACAACAACAAGCUGUUUUGUCUCUGCUAAAGUUUUAAUGAAAUUGUAUUAAAUUCGUAACUCAAUCUUUUAAAUAAAAAAAUGUUAAAAUAAUUAUUAAAAACACUUAAAUAAGCAUUUAAUACUGAUUAAAACCAAAAAAAUGGCUGCCUUAACCGAAUACAUCGAGCCAAUAUGGCGCGGACUUGAUAUGCGUAAAUUGAAAGUGGAUGAAGCUUACCUAAUGUCAAAGACCUUUUAUCACAAAGUAACUUAUUUGUAUAGUCUCUCCGAUGAAUGUUACACGUGCCCCUAUACCAAAGUGAAAGCUUUACAUGAGCACAAUAAUGACAACAUUACAAGUGCCUCAGUCAAUAUAAAUGUGGCUCAUGGUUUAAAAUUUAAAUUGUUGACCGAUGAUGUGGGACGUUAUGCCUUCAAUAAUGAUACCUCAUUAUGUGAUUUGAUGCCAACGGACCUGAAGGAAUUCGGUGUUUAUAAUUUGACUUUAUAUGCAAAUGGUACUUGUGGCUGGGAUGUUGAUAAUCAAGGUGUAGAUGUUAAUUUAUCUCUUUUAUCGGUUUUUAUUUUGGUUGCUUUAAUUUUGUGUGUUUUGAAAAUAUCUUUGUGUGCCUGGCGUUCCUAUCGAUAUGAGGAAGUUUUAGCUAAUGCUGCGGCAAAUGAAGCUCCUGUACCACCGCCCACUAUUCAGCAACGUAGACGUAUGCGAAGUUUGGAUGCUUUUAGAGGCAUGGCCAUUGUCUUAAUGAUAUUCGUUAAUAGUGGCGGUGGUGAUUAUUGGUGGAUUGAACAUGCACCCUGGAAUGGUUUACAUUUGGCUGACAUUGUUUUCCCCUCUUUUCUGUGGAUAAUGGGUGUUUGUAUACCGAUUUCAGUUAAAUCUCAAUUGGCUAGAGGAACAACAAAACUGCGUAUAUGUUUAAGAAUUAUAUGGAGAUCUGUAAAACUGUUUACCAUCGGUUUAUGUUUAAAUUCUAUAAAUGGUCCUAAUUUGGAAAAUUUAAGAGUUAUGGGUGUUUUACAACGAUUUGGCAUUGCUUAUUUAGUAUGCGGUGUUGUACACACUAUAUUUACCCAAAAGGAGCAUAUAGAACCACAGAUAUCGUGGAAACGUGAACUUCAUGACCUAGUUUUAUUCAAAGGAGAAAUAUGUCUAAUGCUAACUUUGAUUAUUGUACACUUGGCCAUUGUGUUUGGUCUUAAUGUACCCAAUUGUCCCAAAGGUUAUUUAGGACCUGGUGGCAAACACAACAAUGCCUCAUAUCCCCAAUGUAUAGGAGGCGCAACUGGCUACAUAGAUUUACAGAUAUUGGGAAAUUCACAUAUAUAUCAACAUCCUACAGCUAAAUAUAUUUAUGAUUCGAAAGCAUUUGAUCCCGAGGGAAUAUUUGGCUGUUUACUAACCGUUGUCCAGGUGAUGUUUGGUGUUUUGGCUGGUGUUAUAAUUUUAGUGCACACCGAAUGGAAAUCUCGCAUUACACGUUGGUUAUUAUGGUCUAUGUUCUUAACAAUAAUUACGGCCAUUUUAAGUGGUUUUUCGAAAGAGUCGGGAAUUAUACCCUUAAAUAAAAAUCUUUGGUCUUUAUCGUUUGUUUGUGUUACCACCGCUUUGGCAUUUACCCUACUCAGCUUGCUCUACUACAUUAUUGAUGUUCGACAUUGGUGGACGGGUUAUCCAUUCGAAGCAUGUGGCAUGAAUGCCAUUAUUAUGUAUGUGGGCCAUACGGUCAUGCAUAAAAUGUUGCCAUGGCACUGGCGCAUUGGUUCCAUGAAUACUCAUUUUAUUUUACUUUUGGAAGCUGUAUGGAAUACCAUAUUAUGGAUGGGCAUAGCCUUAUACCUAGAUCAUAUUGACUUUUAUUAUAGUGUUUAGAAGGAAUUUGUGUAACUUUAUUUGUAAAUUUUUGUAUAUUAUUUUUAAUAAAAAAUUGUUAUGUAAAAAAAAA